CGGAGGGAGAAGGCAUACAGGGCUUUGUUCAGCUGAUCUAUCCAGGAUCCACUCCAACACCUCAAACAGGACUUGGUAACACCUCAAAUUAGGAGGGUCUUGGCCUUGAGACAGAAAUUGGGAGAAGACGAAGGAGUUCCUUCAGCCCUGUUGGAGGCUUUUGUAAGAUGGAUGAGGAAGACACAUCUGGACCUGAAGCAGGAAGAGGCCCCCAACUUACCCAGGCUGGGAGCAGUGGGGGAUUCUGGGGAAGAACUGUGCAGAAGGCCCUGCGUGAGGAGGACACCCUCAGCUCAGAUGCGCAGCGCCAGCUCUUAAGGCAGUUUUGCUACCAGGAUGCUGAGGGCCCCCGAGAGGUUUGUAGCCAACUCCACCACCUUUACCGUCAGUGGCUGAAGCCAGAAAGGCACACGAAAGCUCAGAUCCUGGACCUGGUGAUCCUGGAGCAGUUCCUGACUAUCCUUCCAGCGGAGAUAGAGAGCUGGGUGAGGGAAUGUGGAGCGGAGACCAGUUCCCAGGCGGUGGCCCUGGCAGAAGGUUUCCUCCUGAGCCAGGCAGAGGACAAGAAGCAGGCAGAGCAGCAGGAAAAGUAUCUCUUUGCAGAAAUGAGCACCGAUUUCUUUGAAACCGAGAAUGCUCCAUCAGGCACCAGACAGAAGCCCCUAGACAACAGAAUGCUGGAGACAAGACUGCCUCAGCCAUCUCUUCUUCCUGAUGGAGGGAAAGCAGCCGCUGUGAUACUGGAUCAGGGUGCGGUGUCCUUUGAGGAUGUGGCUAUCUAUUUCACGGAUGAGGAGUGGGCGCUGCUAGAUCCUGACCAGAGAACUCUGUAUAACGAAGUCAUGGAGGAGAAUUGUGAGAUCGUGGCCUCUCUCGAAGGUGACAGAUUCGAAACCAAGAAUAAGAGAGACUUCAACAAAAUCCAAACAAUGAAGACACAUGAAUAUUUGGAAUGUGGAGAAAGCUUCACUCAGAGCUCCCUUCAAAGAAUUCACAGUGGGAAGGAACCCUAUCAGUGCUUGGAAUGUGGAAAAACCUUCAGCUGGAAGGAAAAUCUCACUUCCCAUCAGAGAAUUCAUUCAGGGGAGAAACCAUACCAGUGCUGGGAAUGUGGAAAGAUAUUCACCUGCAAAGAAAGUCUGACUUCCCAUCUAAGAAUUCAUACAGGGGAGAAACCAUAUCAGUGCUUGGAAUGUGGAAAGAGCUUCAGCUGGAAGAAAAGUUUCACCUCCCAUCAAAGAAUUCAUACAGGAGAGAAACCGUAUAAAUGCUUGGAAUGUGGAAAGAGCUUCAGACAAAGUGCCAAUCUCACUUCCCAUCAAAAAAUUCAUACAGGGGAGAAACCAUACCAGUGCUUGGAAUGUGGAAAGAGUUUUAGUCGGAGAGACCAUCUCAUUUCUCAUCAAAGAAUCCAUACAGGGGAGAAACCAUAUCAUUGCUUGGAAUGUGGAAAGAGCUUCACCUGUAAAGAAAGGCUCACUUCCCAUCAAAGAAUUCAUACAGGGGAGAAACCAUAUCAUUGUUUGGAAUGUGGAAAGAGCUUCAUCUCCAAGGUAAGGCUCACUUCACAUCAAAGGAGUCAUACAGGGGAGAAACCAUAUCAGUGCUUGGAAUGUGGAAAGAGCUUCAGCUGGAAGGCAAGUCUCACCUCCCAUCAAAGGAUUCAUACAGGGGAAAAACCAUAUCAGUGCUUGGAUUGUGGAAAGAGCUUCGGUCAGAUUGCCAAUCUCACCUCCCAUCAAAAAACUCAUACAGGGGAGAAACCAUACCAAUGCUUGGAAUGUGGAAAGAGCUUUAGUCGGAGUGACCAUCUCACUGUUCAUCAAAAAAUUCAUACAGGGGAGAAACCAUAUCAAUGCUUGGAUUGUGGAAAGAGCUUCAUCUGUAAGGAAAGUCUCACUUCUCAUCAAAGAAUUCAUACAAGGGAGAAACCAUAUAAAUGCUUGGAAUGCGGAAAGAGCUUCUGUCACAGCAUAAGCCUUACUAUACAUCACAGAAACCACACAGGGGAAAAACCACAUCAAUGCUUGGAAUGUGGAAAGAAUUUCAGCUGCAAGAGAAGUCUCACUUCCCAUCAAAGAAUUCACAUUUAGGAGAGAAACCGUAAGAAAGUUGGCAGCAAGUGAUUACCUGACCUGGCAGGGCUGCUAAGGGGUCACCAAUGUAUGGUCAAUGAGGACAAUCUCCAUUAAGAUUUUGACCCUUUCUUGCGGUGGCAGUUGGUGGCCACUUGACCUGGAGGUGCUGUUUGGAUGCAGUGAGGUCACUGUGGUUUGGCCAAGUUGUUCUGGUUUUCUACUCAUCCUAUGGCAUUACUAGAAACACAAGCUUCCACAGUCAUCAAAGAAUUCACAGUGGGGAGAAACCAUAUCAAACCAGGAAUGUGGAAAGAGUUUUGUGCAGAAGAAGUAUAAGAUUUCCCAUCAAAGAAUUCACAGUGGGGUGAAACUGUAAAGGUUCUGGUGGUCACUGGAAAUGGUAGGACGGCUGGGAGGUCACAGAGAUGUGGCCAGUGAUGUUACAGAGGCGUGGCCAAAUUCUGCUUAUCUCCCCAUCCUCCUCUCUUACAAAGUUACUGGGGACAGUUAAGCGUUUUAGACGCAGAAAUACAAACUAAACUGAAAAGUAUCUUACUUUGUUUUGGAAGGGGUCCCUGCUCUCACUGUGUUAUAUAUAUAAUGUAGGUUGAGUAGUGUUGUUAAGUAGUUGUGAAUGGGUUUGAAAAUGUAUUUUUCAUUUGUUAUAGCUGCAGAAAAGGGUUCUGCCCCUAUCUUCCUUUGCAAAGAAACAGGACACUUUAACACUGCAAUAUUAUUCAUGCUUAGCACCUAAACCAUCCAGAAUUCCUGUCAGAGUGUCUAGUGUGGGUUCAUGGCACAAUAACCGUACAUUACUCAAAAAUAAGCCCCUCUCAAUUCCAUUAGGAUCACUCCAUAAUAUGUAUAUUUAGUAUUGCAGUACUGGUUAGUCUUAAAGGUGCCACAGAGAACUGUUGAGAACAGUCCCCAUAAUUUCCAGACUUAUGUGGGGAAAGUAUGUCAGAAUAAGGUUUUUUAAUUCCACUGGCUUCCCAUCAAAAAAACCAAAAAUUAAAUAAUUUUUAAAAUUGUAGUUUACAUACAAGAGACUCACAGUGUGCCCACUGGUGCUCAUCCCUACACAAAAGGCAGGUCAGUGAAACGAAAGGAAAUGCACUCCUGGGGCCUAGCUGUGUACAUGAGGCCUCCAAGGGAACAGUUCUAAACAUGGCAAAUAGGUUUGCCAUGGUUGCAGCCCUACCACAGGGGUGUAGUCAGCCAGGGUCUGGAGGGGACUUAGAUACCUUACUUGUUUGGGAGCAGGGUCCCUAUGUCUCCAGCAUCCUAUGAGCUAAUCAGCAUGAAAGGGGAGUGUGUGGCCACUAACAGUCUUCUAACAUGUAUCCUUGUCCUUUCCUACUUUGUCUUGACCCAGUAGCAAAAAAGCCCCCCAAGAAAGAUGGGAAGGAGCCUAUGCGUCUAGAAGUUUUUUAAAAAAAGUUUGGGUUUUUUCCUUAUUGCUGUAGGGCUUUCUGAGUCAGUUACGCAGGCCCCAGUGCGUGUGAACUGCAAGCACGCCUUUAUUAGUUUCUGCUUCAAAAAUCCAAGCCAAGUUGUGGAGAGUGAGAACUGUAAUUACAGAAGAAGAGACAAUGAAUCUUGAGGAUAGCAUCCCAUCUACAUCAUCAAGCAGUUUGCUAGCAGCAGGAAAUAAACAUGUGGGCACUGAAUUCGGUAAUUCAAGCAAUAUGUCUGGCAGAAAGGACAGUGAUAGAGAAGCAGAAAACAGUAUGCCUGGCCAGAUUAUUCUAUAAUCUUAGAAGGUUGUAUAAUUUAAGAAGGGGGUAUGGCUGUGAGGGGGCGGGGCUGUGACCCCAUCCCAAGCAGACAAUUGACCAAUUAUCUGGACUCGGGAGCAACGCACAGGGGCAUCCGUCAUACCCACAGGGGCGACCCACAGGGGUAUUCAGACUCAGUUCAUUAGCUCUCUGUGGAGAAAUGCUGUGUACAGUAUGUGUUUGUGUUUAAAAAUGUUACAUGAUCUCUGUGACUGCCAUGAGGCCUUGUUUUGGUACAUUGCUGCAAGCCUGCUUGGCUGUGGUUGCUUGGCGACUGGUUCCGAGAGGAGAUCGUUUGAAGAUUCUAGUAGGCUGGGCUGGGAAAAGCUAAAUUCUUCCUUCCAGGCAGUAGGGAGUUAACUGUCCAUCAGGAGUUAGCAGUUGGAGAGGGCAGUUGGGCUUGGUGAUAGUCAGAGUGAGGAGUUGGUUGACGAGAGUAGCAGAGGGAAGAACUGAGCCCUGCAUAGAUAUACAGUAGGGCCCCACUCAUACGGCGGGUUACGUUCCAGACCCCCGCCAAAAAGCGGAACCCUCCAAAAAGCGGAACUCCGUCUAUAAAAUGGCGCUUGAUGCCCGAAAAACUCCGUAAAAGCGGAACAAGCACCGUAUGAGUGGGGCCGUGUUAGCGGAACGCCAAAAAGUGGCGCCCUACUGUAGAUGUAGAUAUAGACAUAGACACACCCUGUGUACUAUUAAGCGCUCUGCCUGGUGCAGAUCAGAAGGAGGCCAGUGAGAGAGUUAGUCUGAGGGGCCACCCUGAAGAAAGGUCUUGCUGGAGGGAAGGGACACAAGGGGGACGCAUAACACUGGCCAAACUGCCCCACAGCCAGGAGGGCAACCUGAGGAGCUUUGGGGCACAGAGUCCGAUUGGCUCCAGUAGCUGGACUGGGUUGUGGGAGUCAUUGGCUAGGGUGGCAGCUUAGGGAAACUGGCCUGAAGAGACAGCCUAAGUGCCUAAGGCUGGUGGCCAUAACGGUGUCUCUGGAGCCAGCAAGCACCUAUAAAGUCCCCAAAUAAGCAACCCUAUUCUCUUUUGUAAAUAAUGUCCCUUUAAUAAAACAUACUUCAAGAUUUAUACUAAUUCUCAGUGGUGGUGACAUCUCACGCCUAAAGCCAUCCGUAAACUCUGCAAGGAGGGUUUAAAGAAGCAUUCCAUGUGAAUUAGUGGCAGCAAAAGGGUUGCAGAAGCCUGUUUUACGUGAAGGGAAAUUGAGGGACCCAGAAGAAUCCCUGACACCCUCCUAUGCUGUUUAACAUCUAUAUUAAUCUGCUGGGAGCUGUCAUCCAGGCUCAGGAGCAACCCACAGGGGCUUCCAUCAUACGAGGAUUCAGACCCAGUUUACUAGCCCUCCUAUGCGAUUUAACAUCUAUAUGAAACUGUUGGGAGCUGUCAUCCGAAGAGUGCCACCAGUAUGCUGAGGACAUGCAGGUGAGGAACUUAGUGUUUUUGAAAAAGGAAAAGUGAGACGCCUUCAUUUCCCCCCCCACCCGGAACCCCCCUCUGCUUUUCCUGGGUUGCCUUGGGGAGGUUGCAGGAUCCACCCCGCCCCUGGUCGUUAGCGCUACUGAGUGAGCGGAACCAUCUCCUGCUCUCUGGGGCUGCUUCUAGCGUUUCUGGGCCGUCUUUAACAAGCACCUGAUGUCAGGAGUCUGCCCCUUUUCACUUGGCCAGAGGGUCAAAGAGGAGAGGAACUGUGGAACUCCCUGCCCUUUGACCUUGGGCCAGUCACUGGCUCUCAGCCUCAGAGGGAGGCAAUGGUAAGCCCCCUCUGAAUACCGCUUACCAUGAAGAAGCGGUCGCCAGAAGUCGGGAUCGACUUAGGCAGUCCAUUAUCCCUGUACAGUUUUCCACGUUUGCUAAAAACUUUUCUGUUCCUGUUGCUUGUUUCGUUUUAGGGUUGACUGAGGUAUCUUCAGCCCUCCAGAGGUUCUUGGGCUCCGAUUCCCCUCAACACAGUAAGAACAUAAGAAGAGCCUGCUGGAUCAGGCCAGUGGCCCAUCUAGUCCAGCAUCCUGUUCUCACAGUGGCCAACCAGGUGCCUGGGGGAAGCCCGCAAGCAGGACCCGAGUGCAAGAACACUUCCCUCCUGAGGCUUCCAGCAACUGGUUUUCAGAACCAUGCUGCCUCUGACUAGGGUGGCAGAGCACAGCCAUCAUGGCUAGUAGCCAUUGAUAGCCCUGUCCUCCUUGAAUUUGUCUAAUCUUCUUUUAAAGCCAUCCAAGCUGGUGGCCAUUACUGCAUCUUGUGGGAGCAAAUUCCAUAGUUUAACUAUGCGCUGAGUAAAGAAGUACUUCCUUUUGUCUGUCCUGAAUCUUCCAACAUUCAGCUUCUUUAAAUGUCCACGAGUUUUAGUAUUAUGAGAGAGGGAGAAAAACUUUUCUCUAUCCACUUUCUCAAUGCCAUGCAUAAUUUUAUACACUUCUAUCAUGUCUCCUCUGACCCGCCUUUUCUGUAAACUAAAAACCCCCAAAUGCUGCAACCUUUCUUCAUAGGGGAGCUUGGAAGAUUACUUCUAAAAAGUAAUAAAUUACAAUUACUGUUGCAUGGCCAAAAAGUAGUAAUUACUGUUACAAUUACAAUUGCUCUGAAGGUAACUGAUUACUGUUACUCAAAAGUAAUCACUACAAUUAGAUUUAAGUUCCUUUCUUUAAAAAAUUGCCUACUAGGUGCUGGCCUCGGCUGCUGCACAUCUAAGUAGCCUAAAACAACAUUAAAAAUAAACACACACAGGAUAGUAGAAUAAUUUUUUUUAAUCCAUAAGAUUAACAGAAUGGCAUAGCAGAAUCUCACAUCCUCCCCACCCAGCAAUGACGAUACCCCCUACACGCAUAUAAUUCACUUGAAAUCAAAUUUUACACUUGAAAUGCUGCUUUUACAAUACAUUUCUUAUGUCUCAAAAGAACAAGAUGCUCAAAGAACACAUCAGACAAGGAAUGUCUUUUUGCAUUCAUUACAUUGCCAUCAGUACUGAACAGGCAUUCUACUGUGGCGCUUGAAGGCAUGCCUGUGUUGUGCUGCAAAAAGCACAGCAGCACACGUGGAAAGCCAUGGAGUGAUGACAGUUCCCUGCUGGGAGACCUCAGGUACCUCAACAAUUCCUCCUCAUCAGUGUCCACUGUUGACGUCUUGCCCUGGGGCUGAAUGUUAAAGAAGUCAUUUUCCAAGUCAUCUCCUUCCUGGUCUUUGUCUGAAGACUGAUCACCGUCCUCAUUAAGUGCACCCAUCUUUAUUUCAGCUUUCAGCAAGGCUUCCAUUGUGUACCUAAGAAAGAGAGAGGAUAUGUUAACACGUAUAUGUUAGGAAACCAUCAUCUGCUCUUCAUUUCCUGAUGCUUGUCAUGCCCCCUGGUUCAGGGUCCAACUGUCAGCCUGAGCCUGUGGAUGAUGGCAUGGAAGGCAAGAAGAUGGCCUCGUCACCACGCUCAUGGGGCAGCACAGCAGGCCCUUAAGGAUUACCUGCAGCACCCAAGGUUGUGAUGAGGAGCCCCAGGAAGAAAAGACCCAGCCCCUGCUACCACCUUAAGCCCUCUGAUGCCUCACUUGAGACAUUUCCCUUGGAGUAACCCACCCAAAGGGCUUCCCUAAUGUUCUUACUUGUUUAUUUAUUAUUUGAUUUAUAUCCUGCCCUUCCAGCAGCAUACUUGUUUGUAGGGGUGGUUGCCUGGCACGACUCUAGCCACUAGUUUGAAGCUAGGGUGUAGGCAGGCUGCCAGCCUCUUGUCCUCCCAGAUAGCUGCAAACCACUUUCUUAGGGCUUCACGGACACCUCUCAGCAGCUGAAAACAGUAUGUGUACCUCACAGGUUUGUUUUCCAGCCCUUCUAACUUGCAGUCCAGAUUGUAGAGCAUUGGUGGCAAAUACCCCAUGAACAUGCCAUUCUCCAGUUGCAGGAUGUCUAGGGACUGGGCUAGUGGCCCCAUAACCUCUGCAUACUCCUGCAGCCCUACAGUCUCAGCAGCUGUGAUCCUAGACAAGGAGCAGCGGCCCAUUAUGGCCUUCAUUUUUAGUGGCAUAGUUGACAGGAGCUUAUGUAGUUGCUUCAACGCAUCAAAGGGGGAAUUCCACCUGGUCUUAUUCGGUACCUUCAGAUACACACCACAUUGCGCAUGGAUAUACUCAGCAAUCUGUGCUGACUGGUUCUGCUUGGACCACAACUUGCUGCACUUUCCCAUCAAAGAGCGAAAGUGUUUCUUGAAAGAACCAAGAAGACUACUUUUGGAGGAGUCAGAAAGCAUGACCUCCAUGUCUUAUGUUGCCACCAGGUUGGCGGGUGUGGCUAGCACAUCUCUGGUGUGGUGGUAAAACAAAAUCUCCUGACUCUGCAGCUUUUUCCUCUGCCUCAGGUCCUGUGUCCAGGAUCUCACAGAUAGGCACAAACUCCACCUCAGCCUCCUCCUGGUUAUCACCAUCAUCGUCAUUUGCACUGGUGUCUUACAGCUUCCGCUGGUUCUUUGGCCAUGAAAACUUUGAGCGCUUUCACAAAGUUGGAGCCAUUGUCUGUAGUAGUGCACAUAACUUUGUUGUGAAUCCUGUACUGCACAUGCACAUCAUGCAGAGCUUUUGAAAGGACAUCGUAUGUAUGGCGCCCCUUCAGACGCUUACAAACCAAGGCCCUGACCUCACGUUUCAGGGUAGUUGGGUUGAUCCAGUGGGCUGUUACCCCACAGUAACUCUUCUUGCCAUUGGUCCAACAAUCUGCAGUGGUUGCUAUAUAUGCCACAGCACCCAUUCGGUUUGCAAGAGUUUCUCUCAUGUGGCAUGCUCUCUUCUCAAUUCUGUCUCUCAGAGUCUUGGCACAUAUGAUGGUGAGAUCUUUGGGGAGUCCAAUGCGAACCAGACUAAUGAAUGAUGGUUUGUCCAGUCUGAAGUGGUAAUGUCUCCUCUACAAUGAAAUCAAUGAUUUUCCUGUCGAGAUUGCCCUGGGUGACAGCCUCCCUGCCAGAUCCCCACCUCUCAAGGGUUGUCUGCUGCAGUUUCAGCACUAUAGAAGGAGGGGUGCCAUGCAUUGGUUCAGAAUAGCCACAUCUACUUGUCUUUAUUGCGUCUUCAAUUGCUUUCAGCUUCUCAGGGUGUACCCUCUGAGGAAGAAGAUGAACAAAGCAUGAAUCCAAGAAAAAAUGGAAGAGGCACUUCACAAUUUAAGCAUAGACAAUGGACACUCUUUCAGGACCAGCAUGACAAAGGGUCACCUCGAAAUGUUUCUUCACAUUGGAUGAGGAGGAAACAGCUGAUCUCAGAGUUUUGAUCCUUGAAAGGCAGUAACUGCAUCACACACCUCCCACUCUGGCUCACAAAUGCACAAGCUUUCUCAAAGUCAAACCAUGGUACUUGCUGUUCUGCAGAUGUGGCUGUCGGCAACUGGCACUGCUUCAUGUUGUCUUCCUCAUCCACAGAGCCUCCUUUGUGAACUUCACUUUCCAGUUUCACCUCCUCAGUAUCAACAAGAUGUGACUCAAGUGGCUGCAACUGGCUGUUGCUCUCCGCAGCAACAGCAAGAGGCUUGUCUGUAAUAAGUAAGAGAGAUUUAGAUAAUGCUCCUAUGUGGGUGAGCUUCAGCUGUGAUGCCAUGUGAAGUGUGCCCCCAUCUCUUCCCCAUACUGCAAGAUUCCCCCAGUCAGAGUGGAAGUAAGCAAGCUGAUAGCACAAUUAAAAGAGAUCCUCUUUGCAUAAUUUUUGCUCACCGAAUAACCCUGCCUGAGCCAGUUGCUCAGCCUAAUUUACUACCUCACAGGGUUGUUGUGAGAAUAAAAUGAAGAGGGAGGAGAGCCAUGUACAAUGAGGUAGGAUUUGAAGAUGAUGAUUAUGAUAACAAAUAUGCAGCAUUUCAAAUUAAUUCUGUAUGAGAAGCAUUCCACCAAGGAGGAGGUAUAAAAUGUAGGCAAAAAUACUUUUGACUAGUAAAG